ACACCGCCAAAUUUGMGUCUCCGAUUUAAUGUUUUAUUGUUUUUAAUUGGAAUGGUUGAACUUCGGAACGUUGCGUACAGUACUUAACACAAAUCAUCGGUGUUGCGACAACUUUCAUAGUACGGUACCAGGUACAUACUGGAAACAACGAGGUUCUACGGUGCGGUAAGACACAKGUAUUAACCCAAACCCCGAUAUAGAAUAGAACUUGCCAGGGAUUUUUAUUUCUGACCUCAUGACACCGGACUUACUMAUACUACAUACCGUGCAUAUGAAUUGCAUUUAUCUACAAUACUCACCACAGUUCGAGUAUCACAACGUACGAGUACGUAGUACCCUGCCCGUACCAGUAAUUGAGUAUCGUAUCGUACCAUUGCGAGUAUUUAGAGAGCCGUCCAACAAAAAGGAAGACAAAAACGACAAAGAGAGUUGACGAAAAACAAACACAAAAGUUGGACUAGGACCCGUUGCAUUCGCACCCUAGAAGCAAGAMCAAAGCUCGCAACACAGCACCACCGCACCCUUCAAAAGGAGCAAGAAAGAAACAACGACGGAGAGAAAGCAGAGUUGUUUGCUCUGAUUCCGUGGGCGUUCGCCACCUCCCCACGAACCGAGCUGUUCUGACUUUUUCACACUGUUGCCUGUGAACAAUCCCAACCACACACAUCUUGCUCUCCAAAACAACCGUUUGGUUCGAACCGCAGAGGCAACGCGACAUGCUGCCGCCGCCAAGAAUCCGUUCCRUCGCUUCCGAGUAGCCAGAGCGAGACUUUUUCGCAUCGUGAGUGAGUUGCUCUGCCCGCCAACCACCGCCGUUGCACCCGCAAAACAUCCAACGAUGUCAUCGCUGCCUCCGCCGSAACCGCGACCCACCGCGGCGCUCCUCCUCGAUCUUCCCGACCUCGAGGCGUAUCUCCUCUCGYUGCUCKCGCACGAUCUCUCCGAGGCCACCCAUUGGGCGGGGGAAUCCUGGAACCAGGUUAGGGAAGCGGUCCCCGUGCUGCUGGCGGCGUUGCCGUCCAUCGGAGCCAGGGACGCAGGGCUUGAAACAAGGAAAAGGACAAGGACAAGGAGGAGCGCCGAUUCCUCCCCCCCGGGACCGGAGGUGGCCACGGCGCUCCCCAAUCGAGGACAGCGGUCGACGUCGUCGUCGUCGUGGUCGCUGCCGCUGCCGCUGUCCUCCUUUCGCCCGCUGGUCCCGGCGCUGGUGCUUUCGGCGUGCACCGUUCUCGCCUCCGGGAGCACCGGACCCGCGUCUGCCUCGCUGGUCGGCCGGGGGCCGUCGUUGAGCGGCAGUGGUGGCUCGGGGGCCGGGAACGGCCCCAGCGGAAUCCGAAGGCGCCUCUUGGUCUACGCACUUCUGAGGGGCUUCCUCCCCGAGCUGUACCGCAUCGCGGUAGAGCACCUGGCAGGAGCGGCAGCGGCCGAGGACGCCAAAGACCGGGGUGCUUCCGACGCGGACGGCACUGCAACAACGGGUGCGAUGCGGCGGCUGGCGGCCCGCCGCAGGCUCCUCGUYCUGCGGUGGCUGGUGCGGUUCCUGGACGGAGCGUUGCUGCCGGGGAUGCGGCUGGCGCUCCUGCUCUCGUGCUGGGGAUCGCCGGCGUCGACCAAAAGCAACGGGACCGGCCGCCACCAAACCCACGCCGGGAAUCUUUCCCUCUGGUGGUCGGGCCUGUCGUACGGCCACAACGGCGGCCUCGCGGGACAAACCCCAAACAACGACAACACCAACAGCAACGACAACACCAACAGCAACAACAACACCAUCGCCAACAACACCAAGCUGGUUCCCCUCUUUGUCUUGUACGCCCACCRGCGGUGGCUGCACAGGGUCGGCACCGAGCUGUGGAUCACCGUUUCCGGUGGCCUCUCCGCGAGCGGCACGGAUGUGAUCGAUUUGGUGCGGUACGCUCUGGCACGGGCAAGGCCGGGCCCAGCUCCAUUGGGCCGCUGGCGACGGAGAUGGGCCGCGGUGCUGCCCCGGACGAUCGUUUCCGGGGAGGGAGCGUCCUGCAGAGAAGCGGUGGAAGCAUCAUCGUCAUCGAUCGAACCGGCCGCCAAGCCGGGAGCACCCUGCUCGAUCUGCGGAGCGGCGGCCCCUGUGGUUCCCUACCGCGUGGUGGUGGCGGGUUGUUGGAACUGCUGUGGCAGCGAGCCCGGGGAAACGGCARAGGCAAAGGCAACACCAAAUACCGGUCACACCCACCAAGCCACGCGAGCCACCAAAGUGGCGUGCUACACCUGCCUGUGGGAGGCACUGGCCACCGCUGCCGCCGCCAGCGGGGACGGGGACGAGAACGAGAACAAUCCCGGCCACAACACUGCUGUUGUUGCUGCUGCUGCUGCUGCUGCCUCGAAAGGAGGAACCAACAGAACUCCGAGCCUCGCCCUGGAGUGGUGCCCGUUCUGCUUCCGAUCGGACGCCGAGAUUCUCGGGUGCGAACCGGUGUAGACCUCGUUUUGCCGGAAGRCACGAAUCUGGUUGCUGGAAAUUGAUUGAUUUCUAUUUCCGAGUCGGUUCGCAUCGUUUUCUUCAUUGGACACGGGCCGUGGUCUUGGGAUGGUUCGCUGGUUGGUUGGUUGGCUGGCUGGCUCGGAUGUUUGCGGGACCGGCUGCUGGUAUGGUGGUCGAGGGCGACAGAGAUGCCAAUCCAACAAAAAAACGGGUCAAAGCACGAAUCGCACGCGCCGGUCGCCUUUCUUGUGCAAGGUCUGCAGGUAUGCCAUUUGCUUCUGUUUCUGGCAUCCUGCCGUUCUCGCAAUCGAUCGCAGCGUCCCUGCGUCCGCUCUGGCUAYCCAACCGCCAUUGCAAGAUUUUUUCGCAUUGGUAUUGUAUCUCCUCGUACAACACGCCAUGAAGAGAGAACCCAACGAGUGUGUUAGUUGCUUCUGUGUUCACGAAAGGUCCAUAAAACCGCAAACCGCAU